AUGGAUCCUGGCACGGUGUUCUCUGUUCUUGAGAUUGUGGGCGCCGUGGUGAGACGCCUCGUCGAGGCUGGUCAGACUAUGCACGAUGCGCCAGAGGGUCUGACGCGAGUGAUCAACGAGACGGAGAAGCUUCGGGGGCUGCUGGACCGGCUCUUGAUCUUUCAACGGGCCCUUCCUCAGGAACAGCGAGACAUCAUCGACAAACAAGUGAACACGACCGAAUGGAGAGAUCUUCUGACAGAUCUGGACAACCUCACGUCUGGCAGGAAACCCGGAGACACUGGAUCCGGAGGCGGAGGAGGGGAGAAGAUGAAGCUCGCUGACCGGUGGUGGUGGCUCCGGAGGAAAGACGUCGUCGAGGACAAGGUGAGGAAAUUGCAGGAACAGACCGAAUGGAUCUCGAAGCGGCUCGUCAACGAGUACCUCUUCGAACACCACCAACAGCUCUCUCAGAAUUCUAAGCAAGUCUCAAAGAUUCUGGACCUGGUCAUGUCCGUGGCGCUCAAGUUGAACUCGGACAAUCUGCCCUCGCCUCGAUUCGACGACAACGGCGUAUACUCUCCCUACAAGGCCGAGGGGAUCGCCUGGUACGGGCAGUACCGCUGCAAGCCCGGCCAGGAUCUCUCCAUGCCCUACUUUCGCGACCGACGACUGCUGGCAGAAAGAGCCUGGGUUGGCAACUGGAAUGGGACAAAGCGACCGAGCAAAACAAAAUCACCAGUGGGUUUAGACCCCUUCACCAAGCCGCGUGGCACGGUGACAAGUCUCGUGAGAACUUCGCGAGCGACCAAAGAUUCGACCGAACACAGCACGCCACUGGACGUUGCCCGAGACCACGGGUGGAAAGAUCUCUACGACAAUCUCAGCCCAGUCAUGAGACGGCCCGUGAGCCACAAGACCCUGCACACCCUACAGACGCACCUUCACGACUUGAUCAAAGACACCUUUGGAGGCCAUCCAGACGCGCAUCUCGACUGUUUUCUCCUCCCGGAGCUGGAAAUCCUGACCGAGUUUGAGCGGUCGCGCAUCUGGUUCCCUCUGAACCCUGAACUGCCGGACACAAGGGACGGCCUCGCCGUCCACAUCAUCCUGGAGCGGAACGAGCUGGUUGCCGUUAUGCGAUGGGAUAAAGUCAAGAGGAGGACCUAUCGGAUUUCCACGUCGAAAGUCCAGGAGAUCCAGCAAGCCGUUGUCCUUCGCUAA